AUGCAUUUUAAAUCCUCACUUGGACUUAAUGGCUUAAUGGCUAGUUCUUCAGUAUAUAAAUAUCAAGAUGAUAAUAAAGAAGUUAAAUUCUUUAGUGGAGGAGUAUCAGUUGGAGUUGUAAUAGUGGACAAUAGAGGAAAAGCUGGAUUUGAAGCAAAAUUAGAUGUAGUAAAUUUAGAAGUUAAUAGUCUUGAAACUAAUGUUGUAGGUUGUGGUAUUAAAAUUGGAAAAGAAGUAGGUAUCAGCACGCCUAUUGGAGGCGUAUCACUUGAUAUUGGAAACUUGAUUAAAACCAGCAUGACUAUAUUAGAUAAUAUUGCAGGCGGCAGUAUUAUGGAUAAGAUGGCUGGAAUCAACAUACCUAACGGAGAUCAAUUAUAUAUUAUUGUAGAAACAAUUAGUAACGGAGAUCUACUGACUAGUACUAAGGCUGGGAAAGAAAUAUGUAUUAACACGCUUACUGGAGGUGAAUUAAUUAAUAUUGAUAAUCCCAUUGCAGAAGCAACAUGUAAUAAUGAUAUUAAAGUUGGAAAUGAAACAGGUAUCAACACAUUAAUUGGAGACUUGAUUAAUACUAUUACGGAUGUAUUAAAUAGUAAUAAAAAUGGGGAUACUAAUGUUACAGAUUUCGGUAUUAAGGUUGGGGAAAAAGUAGGUGCCAAUAUUACAGAUUUCGGUAUUAAGGUUGGGGAAAAGGUUGGGGAAAAAAUAAGUGCCAAUAUUACAGAUUUCGGUAUUAAGGUUGGGGAAAAAAUAGGUGCUAAUAUUACAGAUUUCGGUAUUAAGAUUGGGGAAAAAAUAG